AGGUAGAUAAGGGCGGACAAAUGCUGGAGUUCUCGCCGAUGCUUUUGUUUGCUGACGAGUGCUCUAUUCGCUGGAGGUAUCCCUCAAUUGCCUGGUUCAGUGUGUGCCGAGGCAUCUGUUUACGACUGUCUGAUCUUUCGUAAUGGAUUUUUGGGGUGUCGAAGUGCCGGCUGGCAAGCCUAUUUCAUGUUCUCCUGGCGAAGGGAUGUACCUUCAUGUUUCCCAGGUUGCUCUUGGAGAGAGCAAGGUCAAAGGGGGCAAGGGGAAUGACAGGGUUGUUCUGAAGGUUCAAGUUGAUGACAGCGAGGUUGUGCUGGGGACUCUUUCGGAAGGCAAAUGUGAUCAAAUGCAACUGGAUCUUGUUUUUGACAGAGAGUUCAAAGUUUCUCAUAACAGCAGCUCUUCAAGUGUCUACAUUUGUGGAUACCGGACGGAAGGCCCCGAAGAACAUGGUUCUGAAGACGAGGACGAGGACGAGGACGAGGAAGACGGUGCUCUCGCGGUUGCAACGAUACCAGUCGAAUCGAAUGGGUCAAAGAUAAUCAAGGAGGUGACUGAUAAGGCUGCUACUGACGUUGCAAAGGUCGUUGAGAAAGCCAUGCAGGAUAAAUCUCUCAAAAAGCAAGUUGUCCCGGAUGGCGACUCUGAUGAGGAAGAUGACGAAGAAGAUUCGGACGAUGACAUGGAUGAGGAUGAGGACGAUGAGGGUGACGAGGAUGAGGAUGAUUCAGAUGAUUCGGAUGAAUCUGAGGAAGAAGAGUUGGCGAUUGAAACCGCAAAGGCUGGGAAGAAGAGAGCUGCGGCAGAGGUGGCUACGAAGGAUGUCGAGAAGAAAUCCAAGAUGGACGUCACUCCCAAGUCAGCAGGAAAGCAAGCCGCUGCAGAAUACUGGCAGAGCCUGAUCGUUGCAGGCAGCCAAGCACCUGGAUCUAGGGGAAAGAAAGGAGAUAAGGGCGGGCAGGUGACACCCGUGACUAAAGAGGCUCCUAAAACUCCGACAGACAAGGGAGUAAAGCUGGCUAAGGCACUGAAGGGCACUCCUACUGCUCCUCCGCCAACACCAGUAUCCGAAAAGAAGGCUGGACCUCACCAGUGCACGGGUUGUGACAGGACGUUCACAACGGAAUCUGCUAUGAGCCAACACAUUGCAGCAAAGCACAAAAGUUGAGCAUAUGGGUACUGGAAUUUUGCUAUUGUUCGAGUGAUGAUGCUCGAGUUUGUGACCACACUGUUCAGUAGAUAGUGUUGGUUCAAUAUUCUCGAAACGCAAGUUUAUUAGAAUCUUAGUAGUUUAGCAUUUUACUUGAUAUGAAUAGAGAGUGGCUGUUUGGGGAAUUACACUAGUCAAUGUAUACUUUCGAUGUCAAUGUAGACUGCGGUGGUUGCUGCUAGGGUAACCUGCUCAGAAGUUUUGAUAUGAUAUGGCAGAUGCCGUAGAGUUAGGGUUAGUACCAUGUAGCGAUUCGUCAGUAGUAUGUAGUGCGUAGGGGACGAUCGCUCCUCAGCACUGUUGUGUCCCUAAAGCUCCUCUUUUCGAACACUCGUGUUGUUGGUUACAGCUCAAGUAUCUCUGGGUUCCAAGUUGGUUGUCGCCAGCUUUGUGAAGGCAUUUGGUAAUCCAACUGGUUGAUUCUGGAUAUUUCAACGCUUAUCAAUAUCGAAGUUGGUAUUUGCAGAUAGGAUUCUAAA